AUGCAGCUUGAUAGCGGCGUCACCACAGCUCAAGUCGCAGCAGCUGCCGGCAGCUUAGCUGUGGCUUACAUUGCUCUUACAGUCCUGAUACUUCCACUGCUGUCCGAGCCGCAGAAGUACUGGAGGUCGCAGUCAUGGGUCGGCGUGAAGAAGCAGGCUUUCGCACGAAUCAGAGCAGGGUUCAACUCACUGAAGCACACCAAGGAGUAUGUUGCAGAGGGGUACGCAAAGUACUCGCAGAACAACCGGAUGUUCGUGCUGCCACAGCUUGCCCAAGAGCCUCUGGUUAUGAUCCCUGCCAACAGGCUGCACGAACUGGUCAACCUCACAGAUGACCAACUUGAUCCGUUCAUCCCAAACUCAGAGUCAAUCGCCGCCAAGUAUACCGUCGGCUACGACGUAAGACAUGGACCACAUAUCGAUGUUGUCCGACGACAACUCACUCGCCGCCUGCCACUGCUUACUGCCGAUGUCUACGAAGAGCUUGAUCUGGCCAUGAAAGAUAAUUGGCCAGUAAACUCCGCGGACUGGACCACUGUUAAGGCCUACCCAACAUGUAUGAAGAUUGUCAGCAGGGCGGCGAAUCGUGUCUUCGCUGGUACGAAACUCUGCCGGACUCCAGACUUCCUUGAGCAUUCACGACUCUACGCUAUUGCCGUCUUCAAGGCAGGUGGCUUGAUGAGACUGCUGCCAAAGUCAAUCCACACUAUUGUUGCACCCUACUUCACAAGAGAUGUCAAACGUCACCUUGCCAUCUGCAAGGAGAUUGCAUUGCCCGAGAUCCGCGAACGACUGAAGCACAUUCAGAGUCCCAGCUACAAGCCAUCCGAAGCGCCAGUUGAUGCACUCCAGUGGAUCCUUGAAGACUGCAAUCAACUCGCGCAGAACGAUCCGACCGAGCUUGACGAAGAUCGUCUGUGCCGCCGCCUUCUGAUGCUGAACAUGGUCGCCAUCCACACAACAAGCAUGGUCACCACCGACACACUGCUCGACCUCUUCUCGUCCCCUGAUCGGGAGGACUAUGUCGCCGGACUCCGUGAGGAGGUGGAGCGAGUCUUGCAUGAGAGUGGAGGCCAAUGGUCAAAGAAUGCAAUCAACAGCAUGCACAGAGUCGACAGUACAAUCCGCGAGACGAUGCGAGUCUCAUCUCUAGGCGAUAUUGGCAUGAAGCGCCAAGUCACAGACCCAGCCGGUAUCGAUCUCAGCGGAGGUCUCCACAUCCCAGCUGGUGUUCGUCUCGCCACGCCGAAUCGAGCUAUCCACACAGAUCCAGCCUUCUACGGCGAGAAUGCCUCUUCCUGGGACGGCUUCCGCUUCAGCAAGCCUCGCGAGGCAUAUCUCGAGCAGGUAACGGACGCAGGCGAUCGUCCCGACAGGCUGAAGAGCGUUCUGGAGCAGAAGAAUCAGGGCUUGAUUGCUACGAGUAGUGACUUUCUCAGCUUUGGGCAUGGCAGACAUGCUUGUCCUGGACGGUUCUUUGCAAGCCAGGAGAUGAAGCUGAUGCUAGCGCAUAUUGUGAUGAAUUAUGAUAUCAAGAUUGAUGGAGGGAGGCCGAAGAAUAUGGAGAUCAAUGGUGCUAGUGUGCCUACGAAUGAGGCGGAGAUGCAGAUCAGGCUUAGGAGUAAGACAGUAGCAUAG